UUACAAAUUGUAUUUUGAUGAUUUUGGACAAUUCCUGCAGCUUGAAAUACUCUUCAGAGUAUUUCUGGUGCUUGUUUACACCAAGCUUGGUGUCAAUCAGAGGUUUUGUGAGUAAGCUCUUUACUUUGUGAUCUAAAUCAUGGGGAAAAUAUUUAAAGGAGCCAGACUAAGUAAAAAGCCUUAUGCAGCCUAUUUGAGAUGCACUCCUUGAAUUACAGAGAACCACUGUUGAAGAGCAAUCUUUAAAGAAGUUAAAAUUAUUUCAUAGUGACUAAAUAAUACUUCCUUCAGUGGCUUCAUAGACUAGGGAGAACUUGCAACAGUUUAAAAUACAAAAAUACUUGCUCAGGAUUAUUUCCCUGAACUUUGUAUGUGGUUCUGUAAGGGGAUUUGUGACAUCAGAGGCAGUGCAAAACCAGACACUUGAAAUUCCAGAGCCUGUGCCACUUUCUGCUCAGGUCCCUACUGCCCAGAGAAGGCAGUUGCACAGCGUCUGGAUUUACAGGUGCAGUUUCUGCUAAUGUAGCACUUGCUGUGAAUCUCUCUACCUCAUCUUCUCCUGUGGGAAACCUUGCUGAAUUAACAGUAUUUUUUCAACUCUGUGGAGCAAAGCAUCUGGAAGAGCACUACAGACAAAAAAAAAGGUGUAACCACCAAAAAAGUCUUCACUUCAGGCUAUGAUGGGAUUAUUUUGGUGGUUGUUGCUGCUUUACAUCCACGUGCUGUCACCCACAUUUGCUGGAGGUGUCACCCGAGUGUAUUACCUGGGGAUCCAUGAGGUGGACUGGAACUAUGCUCCGAUGGGAAAGAAUGUCCUUGCUAACCAAAGCAUUGAACAGAACCUCAAGGCCUCAGCGUUCCUCCAGCCUGGCAAAGACAGGGUGGGAAGCAUCUACAAGAAAUCUAUCUAUAAGCAAUACACGGAUUCCACAUACACCACUGAGAUUCCCAAGCCUGGCUGGCUGGGGUUCCUUGGGCCUGUCAUCCGAGCAGAAGUGGGGGAUACCAUUAAAGUACACCUAAAAAAUUUUGCUAGUCGACCGUACACGAUCCAUCCUCAUGGUGUUUUCUACGAAAAGGAUUCUGAAGGAUCCCUGUAUCCUGAUAUGUCCCCCCAGGAUCAGAAGAAGGAUGAUGCUGUUUUCCCAGGAGGGAAUUACACCUAUACUUGGACUGUCCCUGAAGAUCACAGCCCAACUGCUGAUGACCCAAACUGCUUGACCUGGAUCUACCACUCUCAUAUUGAUGCACCAAAGGACAUUGCAUCUGGAUUAAUUGGGCCAUUACUUACCUGCAAAAAAGGAAUGCUGACUGGCAAUUCUCAAAGACGCCAGGAUGUGGAUGUCGAUUUCUUUCUGAUGUUCAGUGUGGUAGAUGAGAACCUAAGUUGGUACCUGGAUCAGAACAUUGCAUCGUUCUGCAUGGAUCCAGGCUCUGUAGACAAAGAAGAUGAGGAAUUCCAAGAGAGCAACAAAAUGCACGCUAUUAAUGGUUAUGUGUUUGGGAACCUCCCCGAGGUGACGAUGUGUGCUGGGGAUCACGUUUCAUGGCACCUCUUUGGAAUGGGCAAUGAAAUUGAUGUUCAUACAGCCUAUUUCCAUGGAGAAACACUCAAUAUUCGAGGCCACAGGACAGAUGUGGCCAGCCUCUUCCCAGCAACUUUUAUUACAGCAGACAUGAUCCCCCGUAACCCUGGGAGAUGGCUACUGAGCUGUCAGAUCAAUGAUCACAUACAAGCUGGGAUGGCAGCACUUUAUGAAGUCCGGCCCUGUUCUCGACAAGCUCCAGCCCCCACCCUGGAGGGGAGGCUUCGGAAAUACUACAUAGCUGCCAAGGAAGUGCAGUGGGACUAUGGACCUUCUGGGAUCGACCAGAACAGUGGGAAAGAGCUGCAUGAGGCAGGCAGCCCUGCUGAGCAGUUCUUCAAGCGUAGCCGCUACCGCAUUGGGGGAGUCUAUUGGAAGGCCAAGUAUGUGGAAUACACUGAUGAGAGCUUCCGUGAGGAAAAGCAGCGAUCGGAAGAAGAGAAACACCUUGGGAUACUUGGUCCAGUGAUCAAAGCUGAAGUUGGAGACACCAUCCUGGUGACGUUUGUUAACAAAGCCUCCUGGCCUUUCAGCAUCCAACCUCAUGGAGUGUCCUAUGGGAAGGCGUGGGAAGGGAUGUGGUACCAUGAUGGUGUGUCCCAGAACGGGGUCUCUGUCGCGCCGCUGCACAACGUCACGUACCGCUGGGCUGUGCCAGAGCAUGUUGGGCCCACGGGCAGCGACCCCCCCUGCCUGACCUGGAUGUACAGCUCAGCUGUGGAUCCCAUCAGAGAUCCCAGUUCAGGCUUAGUAGGGCCUCUGGUCAUCUGUAAGCAGGGCACCUUGGAUGAAAACAACAAACAGAAAGGGAUCAACAAAGAAUUUUACCUUCUCUUCAGCGUGUUUGAUGAGAACCUCAGCUGGUAUUUAAAUGCAAACAUAAAGUACUAUUUGAGAAUGGAAGAGACUUCUGUGAAAAAGGAUGAUGGCUUCAAGGAAUCAAACAGGAUGCAUGCCAUCAAUGGACUUAUGUUUGGUAACUUGCCUGGGCUGAAUGUGUGUGAAGGAGACAAUGUGUCCUGGCAUCUUCUGGGCCUGGGUAGUGAAGCAGAUGUACAUGGAGCUGUGUUUCAGGGGAACACCCUGCAGAUGAAUGGGAUGCGGAGAGACUCAGCUAAUCUCUUCCCCCACACAUUUGCUACUGCCCUCAUGCAGCCUGAUAACACAGGGAUUUUUGAGGUGUACUGCCAGACAAGCAAUCACUACCAGGCUGGGAUGAGGGAACGCUACUCGGUUUCCAAGUGUGGACGAAGGGAUCCUGCCCCUCGGUACCGGGGCGUGCGCACCUACUACAUCUUGGCAGAGGAGGUGCUCUGGGACUACGCGCCCGACCGCAGCUGGGAGAGGGAACGGCACAAUCACUCUGCGGAGAGCUAUGCCGAUGUAUUUUUGAGCAACAAGAAUGGACUGCUGGGCUCCAGGUACAAGAAAGUAGUUUACAGGGAGUACACUGAUGGGACUUUCCAGACCCCCAAGGCCAGGACAGAUGGUGAUAAACACCUGGGGAUCCUAGGUCCUUUCCUGUGGGCAGAAGUGGGAGAUAUCCUCAACAUUGUGUUUAAGAACAAUGCCACAAGACCCUACUCCAUUCAUGCCCAUGGUGUGCUGGAAAGGAAGACAGGAGAGCCACAAGCAGCAAACCCUGGUGACAUUGUGACAUACAGAUGGGAGGUUCCUGAGAGAUCUGGUCCAGGGCCAAAUGAUUCAGCCUGUGUUCCUUGGAUAUACUACUCCACAGUGGAUCCAGUAAAGGACAUGUACAGUGGUCUCGUUGGACCCCUGAAGGUUUGCCGGAGAGGGGCACUGCAGCCUGAUGGGAUGAGGAAGGAUGCAAAGAGGGAGUUUGCUCUGCUCUUUCUGGUUUUUGAUGAAAAUCAAUCCUGGUACUUGGAGGAGAAUGUGAAACGUUACAGUAAAGAAAAUCACAAGGAGAUCAACCUGCUGGAUGAGAAAUUUGUGGAAAGCAACAAGAUGCAUGCUGUCAAUGGGAGGCUCUAUGCAAACUUACCUGGGCUGACCAUGGUCCAGGGUGAGUGGGUGAACUGGUACUUGCUGGGAAUGGGUCAGGAGAUUGAUGUCCACACAGUCCAUUUUCAUGCUGAGACCUUCAUAUACAAGAAUGGCAAAAGCUACAGAGCAGAUGUUGUGGAUCUGUUCCCUGGGACCUUUGAAAUGGUGGAGAUGUUGGUUGGGAACCCUGGGACAUGGCUGCUUCACUGUCAUGUGUCUGAUCACAUUCAUGCUGGCAUGGAGAUACUCUUCACAGUCUUGCCCACACCAGAGCCAGUGCUUGAAGACAUAAACUACAGCACAGAGUUGCCACCCGAGGAUGAGUCAGAGAAGAUCGUGCUGUUUGGAGCCAAGUUGGCUCAAGGGCAGGUGGAGGCCACAGUCAUAGGUCUGGCCACUGCAGGAACAGUGCUCUUCCUGGUUGCCUGUGCCCUCCUGGGAGUGGUCAUCUAUCUUGAGAGACAGAAGAGGCUAAGACGCAAUCGAAGGUCCAUCCUGGAUGACGGAUUCAAACUCAUGUCUAAAAAGAAUUCGGGGCUAUAAAAGGUGUGUCAAAACUUUGGGUGGUGUGUUUGGAGCAGAGGCUGGAUUGGUUGACCAUAGCAAUGAUUUUGGGGCAUCACUUCAGUUGUAAACUGUACUUACAGGAGCUAAGGAGGGAAAGCUGAAGUCAUGACAUCUUGAUGUGCCCUCCUCAGUACUCUAAGGAAGAAAUCUGUCCAGGAGAGAUCAGAGGACCUUUUGAACUGACUGAAGACAAGUUGACAAGAAUAAAAAGGUCCUAAAAUACUACUCUUCCCCAAGAAAGAAAGGAGACACAUUUUCUUCUCUCCAGAACACCACUUGGUCUUUCUCAGCAAACUAGCUUAGGCCAGAUUCCAGUCUUGCUCCAUAUGCUAGACAUGAGGUAGGAAUUGUCUCCCAAAAAGCAGUCUUUGAAGGAAUUAAGGGGGAAGAUAAUUGAUUCACAAAAAUGAAAAUAUUAAGAAUACAAAAGAAAAUGUUAAUUUAGAUUUGGAUUGCUGUUUUUUGAUGAGUAAUUGGACAAAUUCAGGGCAGUACAUGUCAUGGCCUGAGAGAGCUCUGUCAAGGACCAUGGCAACAGCUGGGCCUCACCAUGAGUCCUGCUGUGACACAUCCUUCUGCUCUCACCUGUGGGCUUUGGUUUCAGGCAUCCUGUGGCUUAUGCUGGGAGAAGAAGCUUUUUUAAGUGCUGCAAGAGCACCCUGGUGACUUCCUGGCAUGGCAGCUCCUCAGGUCCAUGUGUGUGAAGGGCUGUACAGCUCCUUGUACAGCUCCUUGUGCAGCAGGGUCAGGGGUGCUGGGCUGGGCUGUGGUGUGGGUGGCUCUCUUCCUUUUAAUACAUUUUGUAUAUUCUCUCCAGAGUUGAGCUGUUGCUGUGUCAUUGCUGGGAGCCAAGCCAAAGACCCAGCCUUGUGUGAGCUGGAGUUUGUGCUUGGGACAGAAAAAUUGAUGUUUUGUCUGGGCAAACGUGGCAUUGGUGACAAAAGAGAAGGCUAAAGUGCUGGUGGAAUUGAGCAGCAUGGAGCAAAUAAGCUGCAGCCUCUGGGGCAGGAGGUGGUGCAGCCUGAGAUGAGGGCAGGGCUGCUGUGACGAGGGGCUGUGCAAUGGGGCCUGAGCUGUUGGAUGGCCCAGAAUUGCAGGUGUUGGAGAGGCCUGUCCCUGCCAGGUAGAUGCUCCUGGAGCAUUGCUGCCUGCUGAACCCCCUGUGCCUAAUGACAGUCCCCGUGGGGCAGCAGCUGGGGGACCCUGCUUGGAGCCAGGAGGGAAUGGGGGCACUGAGAUGCCCAGAGGUGCCCCUGGGUCAGGUCAGGCACCUCCUGGUGUCCCUCUGCCCUAUGACUACUUGGCAGGAGCCACACAGGGGCUGCCUGAGUGAGCCCUUGACUAGCCCCAGAGCUCUGUAGCCACCCUGCACGCUGUGGUAGCCGUGCCCACACACCGGUCACAUUGCCCCACAUGUCAAAUACCAAGUGGUUCCCUAUAAAAUACCAAUCUCCCUGGCUCACCCACCCAAUCCUCAGGAGCUAAAUGUAUGCAGGUUAGUGCUUACAUAUUUCUGUCCCUGCUUUUAAAUUGGAAAGAGCAUAAAUGAAAUCCUUUAUGUCUGGCUUUUGGAGGCAAUUAAAGCAGAGCCAGCUAAAGGGCUGUAAGGGACUGUUGUAGGCUAGUUAGGUAUAACAGCAGUAUUUUAUUCAGAACAAUAGUUAUAACAUACUUAAUCAUGCUCAAUUCAUGGUGGGUCCCUUCCUAUUUCCAGCUGCCCUUUCUUUUGGCAAUGGGGACGAAGCUCAUUAAUUUCCUUUCAUUAUAUGUCAUUAGGCCUGGUGAGGAGCUUGGGGGCUGUUGAGUGCUCUGAACAUGGCUACUCUGCUCAUCAUCAACCCUGGUUCAGCUGCUGUUGCAAACCAGAGGUUUACAAGCCCGCCAGUCCUGAGUGAAUUUUAGCAACUGUUACCAGUAGUAAGAAGCAAACAGGAGAUGUUUGGGCUUUUUUUUUUCCUCGUUGGCUUGUGAAUAAAUAAAGAAAUGUUCUCACCCCACACUAAGACAAAGGAGUUAUUGUAAAUAUAUUUACUUUCUUCAAGAAAGCAGAAAAUUCCUGCUAAAAUUCCUCCAGUGUAAUGUUUUUUGGACCAAGUGGAGAAUCAGUUGUUGAGGUCUCUGGUGCUGGUAGUUGGGACACUUGAGCCUUCAGUCUAGAGGAGGCCUGAGCCAAGUGGCUGUCUUGGAGAGGACAGUGUCCUCUGGUAAGCAGUUCCUCCCCAGACUGUUUUAGGUCAUUUUCCUAAAACUUCCUGUUGUAGCAAACUGUGAUGAAGAGCAGUUUAUCAGCAGUUUCCCAACUGCCUCAAACCAGAGGUUGGCUCUCACAGCUGGUGGUGUGUGAGGAGGAAGGGAGAUGUUUCACAGCCGUGGUGACUGACCUGGAGCCCAUGUGUUUGCUUUGGCAAGUAUCCUUUUGCCCAGUGUCCUACAACCUCCUGCUUGUGCUUCUCUCUGGUUGGCUACCAAGGAGGCACCUUCUCCAGGGAACAGUGUGGUGGGCAGGUGGGCUCCCCAGGGAGGCAGGGGAAAGGUGAGAGCUCCUAACUGAGCCGAGGCAGGGGACCAGGUGAGAGCUAGUGAAGGUACAACUCUCUUCCUAGCUGCUCAGGAUAAGUGGUUUGCAGUGGUGCAUGCUGAAGAGGAAUGGAAGUGCUCAGGUAAUCCCUUAGCAGGCCUCAGCUCAUAGGGACAGAAGGAUGGGAACACAGGUAUGUAUUUUUUACAUAGUUUGCUAUAAGAAACUUAGAAAAACCUCCACACAAAAAACCCAACACAUCCCGCUUUAAUACAUGCUGCUACUAUGAGUAGAACAGAUUUAUCUUCAUGGAGGAUCUGGGUUCCCAGGUUUUGCAUAGGAGAAACAGAAGCAGUAUUUCCUAUCAUAUUCACUUCAGGUAGUGCUUUUUCUCUGCAGUUUUAAUAUUACCCUUCCUAGGCCCCAGUUAGAUGUGAUAAACUUUUCAGAAGUUAACCUAGAAUGAUCACUCACCUAUUUAAUGUUCCCCACACUCUUCCAGGCUGUCUUAGAUGACUGCAAAGCUGACUUUCCCACUCACAUGGUAGCAGCUGGAUGUUUGCAGCAUUGCUGAGAUGGAAAUUCCUGUAUUAGUGCGGUCAUCUUGCUUGGUAAUGGGCACAAUCACCACUAUGUUCCUGUAGCAGGUGGGCAGUCGCCUCCCUGCUCCAUGUCAGUGUACAGCUGAUGUGCCUUUAUGCUCCUACUCGUGCAAUGGAUGUGAGAGGUGUGUGAGUCAAGAAAGAGUAGGAUGCUUUUUGGAUGUGCACAUGAAAGUAUAAAAUUGUCUCGAUUUGUUUUCUUAAAACAUGAAAGCUCCUGUCACAUUAACCUGAGGCACACCAUGAAAAAAGAUUAAUGCUGGUAAUUGGUAGUGAAAGGGUCUGAAUGUCUUUUGGGUGUAAUGCAGUCUUUGGUUCUGAAUUAAAUAACGUGGCUAAACGUGCA